GGAAACACUGCUUAAUGAAACGUUGUUCAAUAGUUCGGGCAUUGCGAGUGCUUGCUGUUAGUAUUGACUUUCUGUAUACACUUUUCUGGAGGUAUUAUAGCAUCACUGAAACGGAUAUAUAGAAGACAAUAUUAGAAAUAAUAUUCAAAAAUUAAUUAAUGGUUUUCAAGGAGCAUAGAUGGCGCGCAAUGUUUCUCUAAGUGGAGACAUGGACAACAAUUCUGCAUUGAAUGCUUACAAUUCCACUAUCAACAACAAUCUGAAAGAAGCGGGGAAUGACAUCGCUCUUGUUGAAAGAUAUGCCGUACCAAUAAUAUGUACGCUUGGUUUGUUAGGAAAUACUAUGUCAUUUAUUGUAUUUAUCCAAAAGUUCUUAAGACAAAAAUCGUGCAGUUUAUUUCUAGCGGCCCGAAGUCUCAGCGAUAAUGGAUUUCUAAUCACUCUAAUGAUAAUGUGGACUUCUUCCGUGUUUGACUUACGACUCAGCAGAAUAGCUGGAAUAUGUCAGAUCAUAGUUUUCUUGACAUAUGUUUUCGGAUGUCUUUCAGUUUGGCUUGUUGUAUUUGUGACGACAGAAAAUUAUAUCAGGAUAUGUAAACCAUUUAUGGUUAGUAGUUUAUGUCAGACAACGAAAGCCAAAUAUGCUGUGAUAAUUUUACUGAUAUGUGUGUUAUGUUGCUAUAACUUUCCACUGUGGACGAUGACCGAAGAAUGUAUUCCAAACGAGAAACAUCACAACUUUCUUAAAAUCAUGGUUUACGUGGAUAGUGUGCUUACACUUGUUGCUCCAACAGCGAUUAUGGUAUUUCUUAUGUAUCGGAUAGCAAUGUCUUCUCUCUCAUCUUGUAAACGACGGCGCCGGCUAAGUUCAUCUUCAUCACAAAGAAUCAGCAAUCUGACGACAAAAGUAACAACAAUGCUCCUCGCCGUCACGCUAAUAUUUAUUGCCCUGAACCUGCCUUUACACGUUGUGAGAUUGCGACUCCUCAUAAUAUCAUUCAUUAAGGACCAGUUAGAUAUAUCCACACCGCUUGAUUUAAUAAUUCAGUGUAUUUCACAACUGAUAUAUUAUCUAUCUCUUUCGGUAAACUUUGUCAUUUACUACCUUUUCGGUAGUACAUUCAGGAAGACAUUUAAAGGCCUCUUCCGUGGCAAGACAAAAAAUGUGUAUGCUCAAACUGAGUAUAGUGUAAUAUUAUCAUCUAAGGCACGCAAAGUUGGACUUGGUUCUCAGCCUGCAACUGAUGGCGGAAUUACUAACAAUAACCUUUUGAAACCUAAUGACAUAAAUGGUGAAAGACCAUUACGGAGGGUUAGGAGUUCUGAAAUGUAAUGUAAAAUAGUGGUACUGUUCAUUGGCAAACGAUCAUCAAGUUAUAUAUUCAGACGUUGUUUCUUAUUGGUAUAUAUUAUCAUAAAUGAUAUGAAAUAUGCCACUGGUAUAACAUGUGCAUAAAGCGUAUGUUGACUCUUACGAUAAAUGUGUUUUCUUAAAGACAUUCUUGCUGAAUAAGUAAUUAAGACAUUUUAAAAAUGUUUUUAUUUUGUAUAUAAAAAUAUUGAGGUCUUGAGUAUCAAACUAUUCACCAACGGUUUGCCGUUGAAAUGAAUAUCAAGAGAUACAAAACGACGUUUGUAAUUUAUUUCAUUACGAGUACUGGUAGUGGCAUCUUUUGAAUAAAGAAAAUGUUAUAAAGUACUUUGCCUCCAUAACAAUAAAAUAUAUGAAUCAGAUUUUAUUUUCUGGGAGGUUUUUAUCUUGUUUGAAUCUUUAUUCAUACAAAGUUAUAUCCAUUUUUCCUUUGUCGACAGCAGAAUAACAAACAAAGCGAGUGCGUCGUAACGUAUUUAAUCAAUACACAUUAAAAUAAUUCUGCAAUAAUAAUGACAUUUUCAAUAAAAGUUAUGAGGAUAUUGAACGUAUUUUAUGUACCGUAAUAGAUAUUACAUUUAGGUAUUACCUCAUGUUGCGGAGUUACAAAAAGAUAUGAUCUUGUUUAAAACAAGUUUUCCUUAUGAAAUAAAACAAAA